ACCAUCAGUCUCAACAUGAAACUCCAUCACACUUUGAUCUGCUUCUUCCUCCUCUCUUUGCAGGAUGAAAAAUCUGGUCUCAUCAGUGCACAAGUCUAUCCAAGAAUUGAAGGAGAAAAUUUCACAGUAAAUUGCCUCUUCACCUUCUCAAGAAACAGGAAGUAUUUUUGUAGAGACAAAUGUGAACAAAAAGACACUCUUAUUGAAACAAAUGGGGUUAGAGCUCGGGAAGGCAAAUACAGCAUUGAAUAUAAACGAGAGAGAGAGCUUUCUGUGACCAUCACUCAGCUGGCAAAGUCUGACUCAGGAGUGUACGGAUGUGGUUUGGGGUUUACCUCACCGGUCAAGUUUGAAAUCAUUGUUGUAGAUGCACUGCUGAUGGGAGGUCCCUCUGAUGAACACACUCUCCACACACAACCUGGAGGAAAUAUUGUAGUGGCAUGCUUCUUUAAUGUCUUUGAAAACAGGAAAUACUUCUGCAAGGAAGAGUGUAAAAGAAGUAGCAUUCUUGUUGAAACGACUGGCAACAGAAAUCAGAGAGGCAGACACAGCAUCAGAUAUGUAAAGGAAACUUCAUCAGGUUCAUCAGGAGUUUUGUAUGUGAACAUGACUCAGCUGUCCAAGUCUGACUCAGGACAGUAUAGGUGUGGUCUGGACUCUUCCUUCUAUGUAGAUCCCUACCGCAGCUUUGAGGUCACUGUCACAGAAGCUCCAAAAACUUCAAGACCAAACUUAAAUCCAACAACUGUUUUACCACCAGUCCCAUCAGCUUCCACAUCAACAACCACACCAAGUUCAAACUCCAACUCAGGAGGCUCCGCACCUCCUGGCACAAGAACUACAGAUGUGCUGCUGUAUGUGGGCCUGACGCUGAUCGUCAUGGUUAUGUUAUCACUGUCUGUGCUGAUUGUGUGCAGAAAAGUGACUUCUAAAGCCAAAGAGCCUCCUGCGGAAACAGAGUUCACUUCUGUCACAGAGACAAACCAAGUGUACGAGAAUAUCAGAGAGUGCAGAAGGAGCAGAUCUCCCCCUGCCGAAGACGACUGGAGUAGACUCACCUACUCUGAGUUGGAUUUUUCCAACCGCGGCGUCGGCUCGUCCAGGAGAGCCCUCCGUAGCGACGGUGACAAUGUUGUGUACUCGGUUCCUCGAGUACAAGCGAGCUCUGAAGCCAGCCGUGCUGAAGAUCAUCUGUCCGUGUACUCUAAUGUUACUUAACUCCAGAGCUGCCACAUUUAAUCUCACAGUUGGCAACAAAAAGCUGGUUUAAAUGAAUGAACUGUAAAUAAUGUGGAACAUGCACACAAACAUCUUUCUGUGUGAUAUGACUUGUAUUUAUGUGAUAAAAUGUUCUAGUUCUGUCUUUAGUAACAUCGCCA